AUGAAAAUUCUUGGUAAUCAUAAAUCAAAUUUUUACAACUAUCUUUUAAUAAUUAUAAUUUGCCUAUUAGGAAUAAUUACUAUAACAUAUUGUGAAAAAUUUGAUAAAAAAAAAAAAGGAAAUAAAAUAAUAAAUAAAACAUUUUACUAUUUUAAUAUGACGAAUGUUAAUAGUUUUUAUCAUAAAGCAGCUAUAACCGCCCUUUUAAAGUCAAAGGCAAAAAAAAUUUUAAAAGUAUUACCAAAAGUUGAGGAAAUAAUUUUUUGGCAAUGUUCAAGUGAUGUUAAAAAAUUAAAUGAAUUGGCAAGAUGUGUUGUUAAAUUAUUAAAUAUAAGGGAUCGUUAUAUUGAGGAAGGUAAAAUUUCUGAAACAUAUUUAUCAAAAAAUAAAGAGAUGGAAUAUAAGACAUUAUCAAAAUAUGGAAAAUUAAAUAUUAGAAAAAUAAAAAAUAAUAUCAAAGUUUUUAAUACUACAAGAUAUAAUCUAGUUAGAAAAGGAUAUGAUGUUAAAAAAUAUUUAUAUAGUUUGGAAAAACCUUAUGAUAUGAAUAGGAUAAAUAAAUUAAAAUAUUUAAAAAAAAUUGAAAUUAAGAAUGAAUUAUAUAAACGGAAACGUGUAAAAAAAUCUGUUAAUAAUUUUUAUGAAAAUCUUGGUGAUUCUAAAAUAGAUGAAAAUUUUAUACAACAGAUUAAUCGAUUAAAAGAAAAAGAAAAAUUAUUACCUGGUCAUUUACGAAACUUGAAACGUCUUGAAAGAUUUAGUAAGAUGACAGAACAUGUAGAUAAAUAUAUUGAAAGAAUGAAUAAACAUAAUGAAAAUAUUAUAAGUAAGUAUAAUAAUCCAUUAAAAAUAAAAAUUAAAAAAAAUAAUAAAUUAAAUAAAGAGAAUCAAGACUUUUUGAAUAAAAUAAUGGAUAUUGUCAAUGAUAUAUUUUUUCAAAAACAAAGAUUUUCUUUUUUAUCACCACGUCUUUUUAAUAUAAUACCACCUUGUGAAGAUAUAAAUAGUAUAAAAUGUAAAAAUAAGAAACGAUUAUUAUCACCAACUGUAUUUAGUUUUCAUGAAGAUGAUGGAUAUUUGAAUAUUCCUAGUUUAAUGAAAUCGGUAGUAGAUAAUAAUGUAGAACAAAAUCAAUGGUUAAAUUUAAUUCUAGAAAUUAGUGGUGCUUCAGUAGCUUUACAAAAAACUAUUGAUAAAUUAAAUCCACAAAUUGAAGAAAUGGAAAAUAAAAUUUUUCCUAGUGUUAUAAAUGUUGAAAAAAUGGAAUAUAGAUAUAAACAAGCUCUUAAAAUGUAUAAUAAAAAACAACUUCAUGAAAUGAAUGAAUAUGGAUAUACAUUUUUAAAUCAUGAACAAAUAAAACUUUUAAAUAAAAAUAAUGAAAACUUGCCAAGAAUUCCACAACUUGGAUCAAUGUCAAGAAAUUUUUUAGAAAAUAGAUUAGAAAAUGAUAUAAGAAAUUUAGCAAUGAUUAAUGAUACUAGUAAUAAUUAUAAUGAUUGGUUGAAUUUAAAUUUUAAAAAUAAGAAUAGAAUAAAACGGCAAGAAAAUACUACUGAGAUGGAUUCAAAUCAUUCUAAGGAAGAUCCAGAAGCUGGACAUGGUCAUAAUCCAUUUGUAACUCUUGAACCAUUUGCUUUCUAUAAUAGAAUAGGAGAACCUGUAACACUUGAAAUUGCAACAUUAUCACCCCAUGCUUUUAUUAAUGAAAUAUUAUCACCAGAAGUUUUAACUGUUCAUACAUUAAAUCCAAGAGCUUUCAUUGCUUCAGUUUUAUCACCGAAUGCUUUAUUAGCAAGAAUAUUAUCUCCUGGUUUUUUUAGAGCAGAGAUAUUGUCCCCUAGAGCAUUAACUGCAUGGGUUUUAUCACCUGACUUUUUACUUGUUGAAGUUCUUUCACCAAAAUUUAUUGAACCAAGAAUUUUAUCACCAGAAUAUUUACAAAUUCAAAUUUUGUCACCAACUUUUAUAUCACCACGUGUCUUAUCACAAGAAGGAAUUGGUGUAUUGGUACUUUCUCCAAAUAUUUUGUCUCCUAAUGUUAUGUCAAGAGAAAGUUUAAUUGUUGAAAUUUUAUCUCCUCAUAUACUUGGAGGUCAUGAACAUACUGAGUCAGGUGAAUCUGCUGAAGGUGAAAUUACCGGUGAACAUCAUACUGAAAAUCAUAAACCACAUCCUCAUCAUUCUGAAUUCCAUCCAGUUCACAUUCAUACUUAUCCAUUCAGUCAUCAACAAAUUCCACAUGCUCCUUCUAAUCUUUUUAUGAGUAGCAAGGUACGGUAA